UAGUACCUCAUUUGUGGACAAAGUGAGACCGGAAACUUCGACUGUCAAACAGUCAUGGCGUCCUCUGCUGCGACCCGCACCGCUGCCGGUGCAGCCAAAGUUGUGAAGCCAAUUUUUAGCAGGGAUUUGGACGAAGCAAAACGCAGAGUCCGGGAGCUUUACAGAGCCUGGUACAGAGAAGUCCCAAACACAGUGGCGAUGUUUCAGCUGGACAUCACAACACAACAGGGCCGAGAAAAAGUGAGGGAGAUGUUCAACAAAAACAAACAGGUCACAGAUCCCCGUCUGAUCGACAUGUUGGUCAUUAAGGGGAAAAUGGAACUCCAGGAGACCAUCCACGUAUGGAAACAGAAGACACACAUUAUGCGUUACUUCCACGAGUCUGAAGAACCGCGUGCAACUGAUUUUCUGUCCAAAUUCUACCGGGGUCAUGAACCCUGAACUCCUGCUUACCUGUUUUGCCUGUGGCUACUGUGACAGAUGUUCCCUUUUACUGUAAAUACACACAUAACAUUCA